AGUUCACCUCCAAGGGAUACUUCGGCUACGGAAUCUUCAAAGUCAACAUGAAGCUCCCUUCGGGUUAUUCCGGCGGUUUAAUCCCCUGUAUCUACCUUAUUUCGGGUAACGGCCCAAAAUACACCGACUUGCACGACGAGAUCGACCUGGAAUUUAUCGGGGGAAAUACCCCCAGGGAUAUUAUUCUGCACACGAAUCUGAUCACGGGCGGGCAGGUGUAUCUGCAGCAGUACAAGUUCCCCUUCGAUCCGUCCGCCGCGUUUCACACGUACACCAUCGUCUACUCGCCGGAUUACGUCAUGUGGGCCGUCGAUGACACCCCCAUCCGCAUCCACUAUAAGGAGAGCGGCCGCCCCUUCCCGUCCCAGAACGUCAAGUUCGAG